ACUGCCGACACGAGCGCUUCAAGAAGUUUGCGUGCCACUUGGCGAAACGUCACAGGAUCUCUCGUGUGUUCCGGCAAAGAAACACAAACACUGUGCACGUACACUUGCUUUAAGAACCAUCGCGACGAAACGCGCGUUUCUGCACCAAAUUGUCUGUGAACAGCCGUGAGAUGCAACAGGGCCUAGUGAUCGGAUUCCACGUGAUUACUUUCCUGCAGUACGCUUUCGCAGUUUAUUACGAUUACAUGUUCACGAUAAUGCCGCACAAUGUCAUGAAGGCGCACAGCGCCUUCGGUGGAAAGUUCAAGUUUCUGACGUUCUGGGACGCGAUUCUACAAGCGGUGUUCUUCCUAAUAUGCGUCCUAAACGACUGCUUCGGAACAAACGCCGUGAAUCCCAAGAAGCGACCUUUCGUACGAAAGUUGAAGGAUUCCUUCCACGCGAGCCUCGGGUUUCCUAUCGCCAUGUUCGUCGGCAUAAUCUUCUGGAUAUUGAUGUUCGUCGACCGUGAACUGGUAUUACCGAAGGCAAUAGACCCGUACUUUCCAUGGUGGUUGAAUCAUCUGAUGCACACGAUGAUCAUGGUAACGACCGUAUUGGAAAUGAUCGUCGCGCCGCGACAAUAUCCCAAGCGGUCCCGUGGCCUCACGAUACUCGUGAGCUUUAUGCUCAUGUAUUUAGUCUGGAUACACGUGAUCUACUUCAAGAGCGGCUUCUGGGUGUAUCCCGUGAUGGAGGUGCUGACGCUACCGUUGCGAAUAGUGUUCAUCGUGUCGUUGCUGGUCGUCUGCAUAGUCCUGUACUUCGUCGGCGAGACGCUGGACAACUAUCUCUGGGGAAAAAAAUGUGUAGCGGUAACGGAGAGCGUGGAUCCAGAUUUGAAAACGUAGAAACCAGCCGCCAGACGGAUGAGGAAAUCUUAAGUCUAUCUCUAAUGUACCGCUCGUCCGAAGAUGACAUCGCCGAAGACAUCUUCUUGCUACUAGUGAGAAGUGCCUUGGCGUGACCUAGUACAUAUUUACGGAAAGUGGAUUAUAACUCCGACGCGUUCCUCGCGCGACGCGGAAAGCCGUUUUAUCGAGGUUUCACUGGAAGACACUUCAAUGUUACUUUUGUAUGUUUCGACACGUUAUCGAUCAAUGCUGCAGUUUAAUUGGGCGAGUAAUUCAGUGAUAUGUAAGAGGCCUAAGGAUUAAUGUUAAUUGCCGUCGAUAUUCCUAGAGGUUUUACCAACAGACAAAUCUCUUCUCGAUAUUCUUUUGUGUGUGCCAAAGAAUUAUUUCAAACAGAAUACACUUAGUCAACAGUAAUUGAGGGUAUGCGAUAUAUUAUUCGCGACAUAUGCAUUUCUGACGUGGAUGUCGUACGAUUCAAGUAAUCUAAAUGUCGACCAGUUUUAGCCUGGAUUUUCCUCGAUAAUUCGGCAACUGGUUUUGACACCUUUGAGGGAAGUAAUACAGCAUUUCAGUGUCACAUAUCAUCGUAGCAAAGUUUUAUGCACAAACUUUAGAUAUCGAGAGAACGGUAGAACUAAAUAUGGGAAAAGAUACAAUAUGUACAAUGUGGUAUUCAUAUAGGUAUGUGUACUGAUAGUAUAAUUACGAAAUAUAUAAAAUACAAGAAAUAUAAAAAAUAUAGUUUA